AUGUCAGUCCUCCGCCAUGGAGGAGGGGGCGGCUUUCUUCAGCGGCGCCUCACGAAAUUAUACACUGAUACGAAAACAUCAUGCGAAAGUGUCACAACAGCAUCGAAGGCUCUCGACGACCCGGAGCUCGUUGCUCUCCACGGGAGUUUUCAGAAACAGAGAGAUCGCUUGUUGUCAUGGGGUCUCGAUUGGAGCGAUGCAAGCGCUGCACAGCCCAAUGAUAUCGAUGAGUCUUUGACCGCAGCAGGCUUCAGUGAUGUGGUUGAGAGUGUAAUGUCAUCCAUCCAGGAGCUGCUGAACGACGCCGAACGAAUCCAACAUCUGGAUGCGCCUAUGCUACCUUCCAAGGAACGAAAGGUCGAUUUACCAUCGAAGGACACCCUCGGCAGUACACCACUGAAGACGCAAUGGACGGAGGAUGAUAUAACUCGCUCGAACUCGAUAUUGAAUGAACUUACCGGCUGUAUUGAUACCCUAUAUGACCUAUCGCGCUCCCGACGAACGAUGGCUUCUAGUAUGUCAUCAACCAGGAACAGCGCUCGUCGCCAACGACCCAACUUCAACUCACCCUACGAUUCCUCACAUGGCUCCUUCUCCGAGUCAAAGGAGAAAGUUCAGAACCCAAAGCAGAUGUUCGACCCUUUCGCCUACUCCCCUUCGACUCCGCAUCGCGAUACUACCAAUCCUUUCCUUCCAUCGAACCAUCUCCUCAUUGAUCGAUCGGCUUUACAAUUAUACGGAGCCGCUCAUGACAAUAGUCCGCCACCAUAUGAACCUGUCGCGGCGUCGGCGAACUCACGUGCCAUCGGGCGCCUGAAGUCUUCCGCCUCCCCGCUUCUUGCCUCGGCCAAAGAGUCCCAUGUCUCUGUGCUUGUCGAGUUCAUGCCAAUCUUGGCAGAGACUAAAAUGGACAACAAGAGUUCGCGUAUGGAGAAGCUACAACAAUCCCUUGAGCAACUGCUGCAGAAUGCUAGAAUUUCUCACUUGGGGCUUAUGCGAUUUUUGGGUUACAGCAUUGACCAAUCAAAUGUUCGCUAUGCGUUUCUGUAUCAGAUGCCUGUCGACUAUUUCCCCUUUUUACAAAACCCAAGUGAUUUGUUGAGGGAGCUGAAGCCUAAGCCAUUGGUGGCUCUCCUUCCUUCGGCAGAUGAACACCGAGAGAACCGAGUACCAAACCUUGACACUCGUUUCCGAUUGGCUUACGACUUGUUGAUGUCUGCUCUUCAUCUAAGAAGUCAGAAUGCAGUUCAUGGCAAUAUCAACAGCAGCAACGUGAUAUUUUUCCCUGGUCGGAGUGAUGCGAGUGAUGACGAAAGCGGCCUUGCGCCUGACCUUCGCCGUCCGUAUCUCACUUCCCCUGCACGGUUUUCUGGUGAUGGACCAACACCAGAGCCACUGUCUUCGGCGAUGUAUCGCCACCCAGAGGACAAGAGAUCUGUUGAAGAUGAUGGCGCCUGGGCCUAUGAUCUUUACUCCAUUGGCCUGAUUUUACUCGAGAUUGGACUUUGGGCACCAGUUGGACGUCUUUGGAAAAUGAAGUACGACCGUACAUGGUUCAAGCAUCGGGUGGAAGACCUCUACGUUAAGAAACUUGGCCCAAAGUGUGGUGGUGCCUAUCUUCAAGCCGUUCAGCUGUGUCUAGAUGCCCCUAAUUUCCAUCUCUCCACCCAGCCUAUGACUGACCUGGGUCUGCGUGUGCCACAAAUCUACCACUACCCGGUGCUUGACUUGUCAGACCCCGAUGGUACUUUCUCCUUCUCCAUGAACUUUAUGUACACCAUCUGCAAAAUUCUUUGGUCAUGCUGCCGCAUUGAUAUUUUUUCGGCCCCCUCGGCAGAGGAAUUGGAUGACUGCCUCCCACUUGCCCUUGUACCGACCCCCGAGCCAGUGACCAUUCAGGACAAAGUCAACGCUUACAAGGAAUCGAAGCGCGAGAUGGCCUCCAAUCUCGACAAGAAGCUCCCUACAAUACCUUCUCCUGAAUGGGGUGUUGUGAAUGAACCCACGACACACGAAACGCCGCAGAAAAAGCGUACUGUCAAGAGGCUUCCGCACCUGGAAAUCCCAGAUGAGCAUUUACAAGAGUGGAACUUCCAUAUGAUGCCACGGUUAAGUCGUCUUCUGCAGAAGAUAUUGAAAGAAUCAUCGGAGUCUUGUGGUGUUAAUCUCAUCAUGACUGGCGAGUCGACGGAAAGUGCCAGAACAACAAUAUGCGUUACUUGUGCGAGUGUGAAAAAGGUCAGAAUGGCACUCAAGAAACACUUUGCUCUCGGCCGGGAUGACUGGGACUUAAUUGUCCUGCGUGGUGAUAUCGAGAGAUCGAAGGUACCUCGCAAUCGACGUCGCAAACCGGCCAAGGCUCGUCCCAAUGUUUCUAAUGAGACACCUUUUCGUCAGCGGGAGCUCAACCCCUGUCAUCAACAGCGACCACUUUGCGGCGCAUCUAUCGGUGCUUUUCAAAACGAGGAGCACCUGCCCCCUGUCUCCUAUGGUGGCGCCGUCUUUGUCGACGGCUUGCCAUAUGGUUUAACAGUGCAUCAUAUGCUGGAAGCUCCCAGUGAAGACGAAGGCGAAGGCAUCGCUCCCGCAGACUCAAGUCAAGAUACCCCCGCAAGAUCGGCCGGUAAUUGGUAUGGUGAUACCCCGCAUACCUCCAGUCCUGAAUUUGUGUACACCUAUUCCGAGGAAGAUUCAAAAGAAGCUGGCCUUGAAUUUGAAUUGUCCGAUGUGGAAGAUGGAGACGACGGGUCAUUAUCGCAAGGUCUUGAGUCUGGCUAUGAUGAAUCUUGGCUUUCAGAUGAAGAUUCAUCAGACGAUGACUCCCUAGGACCCGAUGAUGACGACGACGAUGCUGCAUCAAUUGGCGAUACUGCCGGUAUCGAACCGGGAGAAGAGCCUCGUCUUCUUGUCACUCAACCGGCCAUUGACGACGUACACGAUGAUUUUUUUCCAUCCCCCGAAGACCGCGACGAUGAGCAUCUGGCCUCACACUCCCUUGGUUAUGUCCACGCAUCAUCUGGUGUUCGGCGGUGGACCCGAAAAGGUCUCAAACACGAGAUUGACUGGGCGCUCAUAAAAGUGGACGAAGCCCGCAUGGACCCGCGCAACAUCAUUCUUGAUACCACCAGAUCCAGUAUUGCUCGUCCGGGUCGUCCAAUACCACCACAGCCCAUUUUCUUGAAUCAAGUAGCCCGAAUGGAGGAGCUAGGUGGCUUGCAAGUUCAUUGCUGUGGUCGGACGAGUGGAUUGCAAACAGGGCAGAUAUCCAAGGCUAUGACCUUGGUUAAACUACAUGGACGGCAUUCUUUCUCAACCAGCUUUUGCGUCCAUGGAAAUUUCGGAGCCCCCGGCGACUCCGGCGCAUGGGUUUUCGACCGUCCCACCGGCCGCGUCUGCGGCCAUGUUCUCGCCUGGUCUGCAAAGAGCAAUACUACCUACAUCUCCCCCAUGGAGGUUACCUUCGACGACAUCGCCCGAACCCUCAACGCCUCCCUUGUCACCCUUCCAGGUGAUCCUACCAGGCCCAUGGGCUACAUCGACCCUUCCUCUCCGCAGUCCGCCCAGUACCGCUACCAGGCCCAGCGAUUACCAGGGAAUUUCGGUCAGCUAGCUCUCGGGCCUGGAGGCUCCCCUGGUCCACCUUUACCACCCCACCCGCAUCAGUACCAGCAUCCACAAGCCCACCAUCAAGGCUAUGGUCGGGCUCCGCCUCCUCCGCCUCCUCCCCAGCCGGGGUCAUACCGUGGCCCUGUCCCUCCGAUCCCACCGUCGCUUUUGACUGGACCCCGAAAUAUUGAACGUCAACUUGCUUGA